AAGAGAAUGUCCGACACAUUGCAAGAAUUACACGAUUUUGCCAAGAAAGUACAUCAAACACUUGGAUCUAAAUAUGAAGGAUAUCGAUUAGCUGAUCUAAAAUUUGACAUUCACGAUGAUUUUAACAUAAAUGCUGAUGACAAAGCAAAUCAACUAGGAUAUUCUACAUUUAAAGAAUUAAUUGAAUCUGAUGCCUUUGAAAAUUUUGUAGUUAUACAACAAGACAAAGAUAGUUUAGACAAUGCAAAAAUAUAUAAGGCUAGACCAGAUGAUAAAUAUAAAUUAAUUUAUGAACAACAAAAACAAUGGAAUAGACACAAGGAAAACGAGCAAGCAAGAAUGUUAAGAAAAUAUGCUCAUGUUAUGGCUGCUUCGAAUAAUAAUGCUCCCCCUCAACCUUUAAAUCGGUCUGUGAAAACUAAAAAUAAAUUUAAUUAA